AGUCCAGUCGCCGACUGCGUCUCCUCUUGCUCACAUGGCAGACAUUGACGAGAAGACUAUGCACGCCCUCCGUAAGGCCUUCGCAACGGUCGACAAGGCGAAGAAGGGCUACAUCGAAGCCAAGGACCUGGAGGCCAUCUUAAACAACAUGGGCACCGCCUUCGACGUCGACGACCUCAACGAGACCAUCAAAAGAGUCGACAUUGACCAGGACGGUAAGAUCAACUUCGACAAGUUCGUCAUCAUCGCCUCGAACUUCAUCCAGGACGACGACGAGGAGACCAUUACCAGCGAGCUCAAGGAGGCUUUCAGGCUCUACGACAAAGAAGGCAACGGCUACAUCACCACGCAGACGCUAAAGGAGAUCCUGAAGGAGCUGGACAACAAACUCUCAGACAACGAUCUAAACGACAUCAUCGAGGAGAUCGACGAGGAAGGGAAGGGCAAGGUCGACUUCGAGGGUUUCAGAGAACUGAUGAUCUAGCGUGUGUCCGUCCUCGAGGGGCGAGAUAGAGCUGGUCGAGGCCUCGUGGCGACCUUCUCUCCCACGAGACCUCGACCAAAGCACUUCAGGAUUGACCGAAGCAAAUGGUCUGAAGAUCCUUUGCUCUGUUGGAUCCCUUGAGUGUUUUUUUUUGUUACUUAGAAGAUCGAGGACACGUAGUAGGUGAUAAGUUUGGCGAGAGAUAACUUCUUGUUAUUGUAUGAUAGGUGGAUAUCUAUCAAUAGAACGCUUGUUGAAAAAUGUUGCAAACGCUGAUUAUAUUCAAAGGUUUCAUUACACACAUUCAAAAUUCGAGUUUUGGAAAAUGUUAAUUCAUGACAGGAAUGUGCUGUGGCACGAAAUUAAUAAUCUAAGCUUGGGGCCUGAAAAAUGAGAGACCAUCACUCGAACUUUCAGACCAGGAUGCAAGAAUCAGUGAUGACCGAAAUAUAUGCUUUAUUAUGUAUAUAUAU